AAAAGAAGUUAGAAUAAGCAAGAGAUGGCAAGAGAUCAAUGUAAAGGAAGAAGACAAUCUUGUCUUUACUCGCUUUUUCGGUGUGUUGACAGAACAAGUAGGAACUUGUAAAGUGAAUGUUAAAAAUAUUGGUUUGGGACGCUUAAUUUUCCGUCAAGUCUCGAACAGUCUCACGCAGUUAUAUUUCUCAAGUAUACGACGUGAUAGAGAUAUUGGAACAUCAGUGUGAAUCGAAAGUCUCUUCGUAUACUCUAGAUAUUCGUGUGUAAUGUCAAGUCAAAUAUGUUUGAAAUGGAACAGCUUUUUGAACAAUAUUGCGACAAAUUUCGAAAGUCUCUGGGAAGAAGAAGGUUUAGUGGACGUUACCUUGGCUAGUGAUGGACAGUGUCUUACUGCGCACAAGGUUAUUUUAUCAGCAAGUAGUCCCUUCUUCAAGAAAGUCUUUCAGACAAAUCCAUGUCAACAUCCCGUAAUCAUACUUCAAGACGUACACUUCAGUGAGCUGGAGGCAUUGCUUAUAUUUAUUUAUAAGGGGGAGGUGAACAUAGAGCAAAAGAAUCUGCCAGCUCUACUGAAAGCUGCAGAAACGUUGCAGAUCCGAGGUCUUUCUGGAGGAGACAUUUUUGCCAAAGAAUCCUACAAGCGAUUGGCGGAGCUCGAACAAGAUGAGGCUGUUGAGUCAAUGAUCGUGCAGGAGGACGAUGUGUCCCGGAAAAAGCAGAAAAUUACGAAAGUACAAACGAAUGCAUCUCUAGAUAAUUUGUCGACGUUUCAAAUACAGAGUGAGACAGCAGCCAGUGAAUGCACGACUAGCGAAAAAAGUGGGGAUCUAGAGUUUACAUUACCAGACGCUUCGACCAGUCCAGCAUGCACCAACAUAGAAAUGAAAGUGGAACAGCUGGAGGUGAAUACAGAAGAAAAUCAAAGAUUUUCUCCGAGUGAGACAGAUUUUCAACGAUUCAAUACUGGCUUGAGAGAUGAACAUCAAAGGUGUGGGAACAACCCUACAGAAGACAUAUCAUCCGGGUUAUCUGGGUUGUCCGGCCUAACUGCAUUCUCCGACGUGAAGCCACUUUUCUCCUAUCAACAACUACCCUACGCCAAUCUGCUACCUAGUCCUGACAUUAUUUCAACGUGGGCUUCUACGCGCCCAAUGGAUCAUCUGGCCUGUGAUCUCAUGAAGACUUUAUUCACACCGGAAGAAAGAAUCCUGUGUAAUGUGAAUGGCAAAAUGGGCAAGCAGCAAUUUGAUAGUAAUAAAAUUCAUUUGAUCAGAGAAGUUCUGUUACACUUCAGUAAAAUUUCAGCAAAUAGUACGGAAUGGGAAGAAGUGUGGAGGAAUUGUGUUACUAAAAUUGAUACUAGCAAUAGAGGUUUAAAAAGGUAUCUCUUUCAAAGGAGAUCUGCUCAUAGAUCAUCUAAGCCCACUGUUACUAUCAUUGCAGAAGCUCGACACACGUGUAGCCCUUCCCCAGAAACACUUUCAAACCCCACAUUUCCAGAUGCUGAAAAGGACCUUCGACAACAUAUCCCUUCGAAUUUUGUUGAAUCAUCAUCAUUAAACUCUUCUUCUGAAACUCGCACACUAUCGAAAAGUGAUUGUCUAGAACCCUCAGUGUUUCCAACAAAUCAUAAUCCGACCCUUUCUGAUUCAGGAUUUCUCUUUUGUGCAAAUACAAGUAAUUCGAGUCAAAAGAAUUCAGAAUCCGUAGAAAGUAGUCACUCUCCCAAAGGAGGUCCUUCUUAUCCGCCAUUUCCUUGUCCCUUCUGCGAUAGGGCGUACACUAGUUGGGGAUUCCGUAGAAGGCACAUUAAAGCGGUUCACACUAUUUCUCCAAGACUAAGUUGCAAGUGGUGCCUUCAGGUUCUCCCGACGCAUGGGGCAUGGCGACGGCAUGUUAUAUCAGCACACAAUUUAUCUUCUAGUGAUGCACAUAAUGGACUUUUAAUCUUGGAAGAAGCACACAUGGUGUUACAGAUUGCUCAUCCUACUAGAUUGGAUGCACUAGUUGACAUUAUCAAACAGGGUUCUCAUCAAAAUAAUGAACGAGAUUUUCUACAGCCAGACAAAGAUCACUGAUUCUAAAGAAAUGAUCAUUUUCAUGCGUAUUUUUCCUGCGAAAUUCAAUUAAUGUACGUAAAGUUCUUAAAAUAUUUUUCCAAUCAACUUCAUUUUCUUUAUUUUCGUAAUUUUAGAUUCGGCACAUCCAAAUACAGAAAAAAAAUGUUUUUAUUUAUGAAUAAAGUGAAAUGUGAAAGAAUGCAGUU